GUUUAGUAGCUGCGGCCACCGGCGACUGACGAGCGAUCAGAACGAUCAGAGAUCGGUCCGCCGAGUUCAAACAACCGUGCGCAAAUAAACUAGAUUGCAAAUGUGCGCCAGUAUGUGUGUGUGUUUCUGUAUUUGUUCGCCCGAGCUUAGCCAAUUCCUACGAGUAUAGGCAUAUAUGUAGUAGCGCCAGAAGUCGCGUACGCGCAUUCGAGCAUCAAACAUCUAACGGUUUGGAUUCGCCGUCAAUCGAACGAAAUCGAAAUUAAAUCGAAACCAAAGCCGAUCGACCAAAAUAAUCGAAGCCUUUCGAUAAAACCCGAUCAUUUCCGGUGUGUGUGUGUUGUAAAAGUAAAACAAAAUCAAAACCCUGGAAUAACUGCUGCUGCAUCCGUCUCAUUCGCACUUGCGACUCACGCACCACGCAGCAGAAAAAGAGAAAUACAAAAAAUCAGCAACAGCAAGCUCUGCUAAUUUUAAACGACGGCAAAUGGCAACCUCGACGUGGAUGUGACAGUGGAUGUGGAUGCGAAUGCUAGAGCGGAUUAUGCAACUGCGGCCAGACUUUGGAGAGAUCGAGAGGGGCCCGCAGAUAGACGGUUUAAUUAUCAGUGCCAGAUUAUUAUCACCGCAGCGGCGAUGCAGCGGCGGUGACGCUUGCGGAGAUUACCGGUUGCGGAAUGCAUUUAGUUACCUGACUAUUUCAAAAACAUCCGAACCGCCGACGAGCAGCGAUCAGGACCGGGUCCCAGCCGAAAAGUAUCCGGAGUGAUAAUUGCUUUUAAUUGGAGGGAAUUAAAGCCGAGGGGGAUUCCGAAAUAGCGAAAUCGCUAGACCGCGGGAAACAAAAAAAACACAAGAAUAACCCGAACGAAAUGUUGGCCACAACGGACAAGGGCAGUUCUCAUUGCCAUGGAUCAUCGGUUACGGAUCAGCAGCUCCUGCAGCACCUCCAUCCACACCCACACCCACAUCCGCAUCCGCAUCCAGUGCGUCUGCAGGUGCACUCGACACCCACCAUCCACCUGAGCACACAUACACCCGCCUGCGAGAAGCGCUUGGAGGCGGAAACUCCUCGCCGGGAUCUCCAUGAACUGCUGCUGGAGCUGCUGGACAUGCUGCUCUCCUGUUUGGUGGUGGCUCCCUGUGUGAUCGCCUACUGGCGGGGCACCUGGGAACUGAUGGGCGUGUACCUGUUCCCCCGCAGUCUGCCCCUCUCCGCGAUGGCCAGCUUCCUGAUAGGCGGACUGGGGCACUUCCUGUUCACCGUCACGCAGAACUUCUUCAAGGAGCACAUCCAUCCGGACAAGAGGCGACUCACCUACUACACCGUAUCGCGACUUUACACGGCCGUGUUCGGGAUAGUCUGCGUCAAUAUGUGGCGGGGUGCCUGGCUGCUUUGCGACUGGCUCACCAGCAUCGACUCCCUGAUCAUCGUCUCCGUGGUCACGGUCAUCGCACUCAUCUUCCUGGUGGCCACGCGCACCCUGAGGAACCUGGGAGCAGCCCCCUACACCGUCACCAUGGACCACAAGAGCGACUACUUCGAGGUGGACACCAUGUUCAAAAUACCCGGUUUUCAUCAACCUGGCCUGUAUGUGUUGGACACCCUCUUCUCGGUCUUUGUCAUUGGUAGUUUGGUGGUCAUCGCCUGGCGCGGAGUUUGGGGAAUCUUUGACCUGCUGCUGUUCCCGGCGGACAGGGCCAAAUCAGCCUGGGGAUCGCUGCUCAUUGGAUAUCUCACCGUUUUUGUGACCUUCCUCAUCCACCCACUGAUGCGGUAUGUGUGCCGUCGGAUAAGCGGAAUCCUCAAGCUGAUCAUAUGCGACAUUUACUAUCUGAUGACUUUCUUUGGGGCGGUGAAUGCUUGGCGCGGCAUUUGGAAUCUACUGGAUGUGUACUUGUACCCCGAUAAUAAGCUGCUGAGCUUCUGGCUGACGCACUUGGUGCCAUUCCUGCUCCUCGCCGCCAUCAAGUGCUCCAAUUCCAUCCUGGUGCGUGGGGUCUUCAUCGAUGCGGAGGGCGUGGGCGCCGAUAGCGUCGAUAUACCCAUCAACUAUGUGCGGCUGCACUUCCUCCGCGAGCGCCGGAAGAAGUGUGCCCUUCCGACAACGUCGUCUUCGCAGUCGCCACCGCCGCACUACUAUUUGAAACCGGAGCACGCCUCAUUAGGUCGGAAUGCGGAGAAGGACAAGGAGGCGCAGAGCAGUCUCAUCGAGAAGCCCCAUCCCGCCGUGCAGAUCGUUUAGGGAUCCGGCUCAUUCCUGGCUCAUUGUUACCGUUAAUAUCGUUUCUAUGUCUAGAUGUUAAACUAGUUUUAAUCGCCUAAGCUUAAACCUACCGAGCUUACUUAAGAGUCAGUUGUUUAGCAUUAGCCCAUAGAUAUAUAGUCCCGAUCCCAAAUCCCAAGCUGUACAGAAAAUUUAAGGAUCGACGUAUUUAGAUAUUAAGUUUAUUUGCAUUUUCCACUGCAGGUUUACGUUGCAAAUUUAAACUGGUAACGAAAGCACCCUCACCCACUCACACUAGAUAAGUGAUAACGAUUCAACUACGCGUAUAAACAUUGUACAUUGGUAUUUUCAUAUAUCGCAGGAAACAAAUAAAUAAAUUUGUAAAUACUAUAUAACCAAUAA